AUGAGAUUUAACAGAGAUUUCUCUAAUGAGUCUCUGUAUUCCUAAGAAGAUUUUUAUGAUCAUGAAUUCAUUAAAAAGAAGAUUUAAAAUGACAAAGCUAAGCAAAAUGAUACUCCUGAGAAUUCAAACUCAAUAGAGAAUUCUAAAAUGGGAUAUCAAAGAUUUUAAUCUAUAAAUGAUAAUGCAAAUAUUGAUUUCAAGAAUGCUUAAAUUAUAUAAUAAAAUCAUCAAGUAUAACCUGAUUAAAAUGACUACAGUGUAUCAUUAUAAAAAUAACAAAAAGAACUACUAUAUCCAUAAAAUUAAAAUAGUGAACAUAACCUUUAUACCUAUGAGAAAUACAUUAUUAUUUGA